CCCCUUCCCUGAAAACAUCACCCAAAUCCAAAGCAAGCAAAGACACAUUUCAUUUGGCUCACUCGCUCAUUCAUCUAGGUCCCAGUGUUUGUUGCAAGCGACAGCACAACCAGGUCACCAAGCUGAGAAGAAGCUUGUAGAAGAUGGGCAAGCUCUGGACGAUCCUCACUCACCUCCACUCCCUUGCAGGGCCAACGGUGAUGCUCCUGUACCCCCUGUAUGCGUCGGUGCAGGCGAUGGAGAGCCCGUCGAAGCUGGACGACGAGCAGUGGCUCGCCUACUGGAUCCUCUACUCCUUCAUCACGCUCAUGGAGAUGGUCCUCGAGUCCCUCAUCUACUGGAUCCCGAUUUGGUACGAGCUGAAGCUGCUGUUCAUCGCGUGGCUGGUGCUCCCCAACUUCAGGGGCGCGGCCUUCAUCUACGACAAGUUCGUCAGGGAGCAGCUCCGGAAGCACGGCCUCACCGCCGGCGGCGGCUCCAGCGGCAAGAGCAAGAAGGAUGACAAGUCGUCGCCAUCCUCUUCUCCAAAGGACAAGGAGAAGCCCAAGAGCAAGUUCCUCGCCUUCGUCACCCCCAAGAAGGACCAUGAAGCUUACUGAGGCAGGGUGGAGUGACAUCAUCCCUGCAGCUUUGUCGAGGCAGAGCCUGUAGUGUUCUAGUGUUCCGUUUAUGUUUUUGCUCAUGCCCUUCACUUCAAAUAGAGCUGUUUGAUGUAUAUGGCGAUCCUGUAUGUGCGAACAUCAGCAGAGAUAUUGAAUGGAGACGAGAGCAAACUUUCCGUGUC